AUGCAUCUUCGUUCUUUGGAACUGGUGAGAGUUUUGCGCCGAGGUGACAAGGAGAGCUCAAAGUUUUCCCCGAGGCCCAAAGAAUACGAAGCCGGAUGUGCACCGAUUCUUGCUGAUGCCAACUUUCCCACAUCAUCGAUAUGCAAGAGAGGAGGAGGGAAAGAGCUCCGAGCUGAUGGUCAUCCUAUUCCUCCAUUACUGGAUGCCAUCUUGCAGCUGAUGCCCUUGGACGUUUAUCACCAUCCGGUAGCAGUGAUGGAGCCCGUGGAGGCGGGACUAAAAGUAGAAAUUUGGCAGGAAUACGAGGACGUGAUUGAGCGACAUCACGGGAAGAGAUUGGAUCUGGAGAGAGUGGAAAGGUUUGCCUUCUACGAAAGGGCCCGGCAGGCUUAUGCAGUCAUCCACACUGGGGAGACUGCAAGCUAUGGGAACAUCAUACUUAAGAUGGGUGUCAUCUCUGAUUGAACUCAGAGACCUCGUAUGGGACCCUCGACUCAGC